CACAAUCUAUAGUAGUUAUUCAAAAUGGCGGACGCACAACUCUCUGUUUACGAGAGAGAGUUCAUUAUCAGCGGCGCGGAGCAAGAUUACCGCUCGGAUGGUAGAAGCUGUGAAGAUUAUCGGUAUUUUGAAGUAGAAACUGGUAUAGUGUCAAACACUAGUGGGUCUGCACGACUUCGAUUGUCUGAUACAGAUAUAUUAGUCGGAGUCAAAGCGGAGAUAGGUGAACCAAACCUCUUGACACCAGGAUGUGGUCGGGUUGAGUUUUUUGUUGACUGUUCAUCGAAUGCUUCAGUGGAGUUUAAUGGACGAUCAGGUGAUGAUCUUGCAGCUGACUUGAUGCGCAGUUUGGACCGAACUUACUCAAAUAAAUCGGCCAUUGAUCUGUCAUCAUUGUCAAUCAUCCAUGGACAACAGUGUUGGGUCUUGUAUGUUGAUACUCUGGUCUUAGAAUGUGGAGGAAAUUUGUAUGAUGCCCUUUCACUAGCCGUGAAAGCAGCUCUUUAUAAUACCAGAAUUCCCAAUGUGACAGUCUCCAGUGAUGGUGGGGAAGUUGAACUUGAGAUAUCUGAUGACCCAUAUGAUUGCCAUCAGCUCCCCCCUGACCAAAUGCCAAUCAUUAUUACACUGUCUAAGAUUGGAGGUCGUCACGUGGUCGACGCUAGUCAAUCAGAAGAGCUCUGUAGCGACUGUCAUCUUCUUGUUGCGGUUAACUCAUGCGGGAAUGUAUGCGGUCAGCAGAAGAUUGGCUGCGGUGGACUGGAACCGGACACAAUAUGCGAGAUGCUAGAGACAGCUCGGUCGGUUGGCAAAAGAGUGAACAACGCUCUGAUUCGAGUUCUGAAGGAAGGGGAGGCCGUUGUGGACACAGAGAAAGUAGGAUUUCUUAGAUAGACGACAGCUUCACAAAGAGAAAAUGAACUUCCCCAGAACAAGAGGUGAAGCCAGUAAAUGUGGGGAUCGUAACUUCCUCAGAACAAGCUAAAUGCAGAGAAAGUAACGUUUCUUAGAUAGACGACAAUGACCGGAGACGAAUACAGGGUUGGGUUCCUCAGACAGGCAACAGUUGAAUACACGAAAGUAUGCAUCAACCAGCGCGUCUACUCUCGGUUGCCCACAAGACAGAGGAAAUGUUGACAAGCUCAUUCCUAACACCGUCUUCAAGUACUGCCAGCCUUGCUGAGCCAGCGUCUUAACAGCUUCUUGCUGACUCUGUUUAAAAGUCUUGUUCGCAAAAGGCUAGGAUUCUUGCGUAAUUGUCAAAAGACAAGACGACAGUUGAAUAAAAAGUGAUGCUUCUUAACGUUGAAGACGUACUUUACUGCUGAAACACAAAGAUGGGAGCUACAGGCCUUUUACAUUUGACUGGAGUUAACACAUGAAUAAUCUCUUUUCCCUCAGUAUAACGAACAAUUUCUUUCCUUCAGCCCGGCCAAAAAUUACACUAAAAAGUAUAGAGCAGGACUUCAAUAUAACGAACACAUUUCCCCAGUCCCUAGACACUUCAUUAAAUCGAGGUUCUACUGUA